GUGGUGCGAGCUGGAAUGCUGAUCUGGGCCGGCGUGGCCACGCGCGCGCCUGAGCGGCGGGCAGCCGCGGCGGCCCGGGCCGUCGAGCUGUCCGCGAGAGAGCCACGGGCCCAGGAGAAUGCCGCCUGCAUCGGGAGCGCGCGGUCGCCGUGGAAAGCGGUCCGGAAGCGGCCCCAGGCGGCUCGGACGUCGGCGAUGAUGGUCCGCGGCGUUGUUGAGGACGAGCUGGUCCAGGCCCUGGUAGUGAACCUGCUGGGCACAGACGUCGGCGCGUCGGGGCACGUUCGCGACUGGCCGGUGGCCAACGUGGCAGCUCGCGUGACGCAGGUGGAGCCAGACGACAUCUACGCGUCGGCGACUCUGGAGGCGGAGCUGUCGGGGGCCGAGGUCGACCGCCUGAUCGCAACGGGGUUCGCUGUCUGGUGCGAGGCCUGGCCCCGCGUGCUCGCGGCCUGCGGCGGCGCGCUCGCGUCGAAACUGGCUCGCGUCGCGAAGACGCGCGACAAUGGCGCGCUCGAGGUGCGCAACGUAUUCGACCUGAGGCGCAGCGGGUACAGCGAGAUGGUCGAUUUGCCCGACAUGGUCGCCCUCCCGCGGCUGGGCGAGAGCACGGAGUGCUUCGCCAUGAUCGCCAACUUCGAGGACGCCUUGCACGCCCUCGGCGUGGUCGGCUAUCGCACGGUGCUCUGCGGCGGACCCGCCUGCCCAUUGCCGCGGGGCCGAGCGGCCGCGUUCCUCGGCCGGAGCGGCCAGGGCAUGUUCGACGAGAAAGAGCUGCACACGCAAACCUACGUCGACGACCCAGCAACAGUG